AUGUCUAAGAUGGAAAAUAAAGGAGCUAUCAUCGCUCUGCUUUUCUUUUUGGAGUUUACAUAUACUUUUGGCGUCGAACCUCUUCGAACUCGUCUUGUGGGCGGGAGCGGUCCUCAUGAAGGGCGGGUCGAAGUCCUCUACGAUGGCGCAUGGGGUACGGUCUGCGAUGACGGCUGGGAUGUCAACGAUGCCGAUGUGGUAUGUCGAAGUCUAGGCUUCUCACGGGCCUUGACAUUCAACCACCGGUCCGCGUUCGGACAUGGAGAAGGAAGGAUAGCUCUAUCCAAUGUCCGUUGCGCUGGUACCGAACUCAACCUUGCUUAUUGCUCUCAGGAGAACUCCGUAGAUACGUGUACCCAUCUAGAAGAUGCCGGGGUUGUCUGCAAGGGUGCAGAUCCCUUACCUACCCGCCUGGUUGGUGGAAGUAGACCACACGAGGGUCGAGUCGAAGUCUUCUAUGAUGGCGGGUGGGGUACCGUUUGUGAUGACGACUGGGACAUCGAUGAUGCCCAUGUGGUGUGCCGAUCAUUAGGAUACGCAAGAGCUUCGGCUUAUAACCAGAGUGCAGCAUUCGGCCAAGGGACUGGUGAUAUCAUCCUGGAUGAUGUGCUCUGCACCGGGUCAGAACCAAACAUCGCAUUUUGCCAGUACCAUCGGGACGGUUACAAAGCACAUAAUUGCGGACAUCAUGAAGAUGCGGGUGUUGUGUGCGAAGGGAUUGUGUCAGCUCGUUUAAGAGGUGGUGGCAGCGAAAGAGAGGGUCGUGUGGAAGUGCUCUAUAACGGCGAAUGGGGAACCGUUUGCGAUGACCAGUUCGAUAAGAAUGACGCCCACGUCGUGUGUAAGAUGCUAGGAUUCUCACAUGCAGAGUCGCUCUCUAUAGAGUUUGGGCCAGGCAGCGGGGCCAUCGUGGUGGAUGAUCUACAAUGCAAGGGUACAGAGAGGAACAUUCAGGAAUGCCGUCGAAAGACGGACGGACACAACUGCGGUCACAAUGAAGAUAUAGGAGUCACAUGUGUUGAACUACCUGUCCGCCUGGUAGGUUCUUCAAGUCCUAACGAAGGUCGCGUUCAGCUCUAUCAUGAAGGAUCCUGGGGGUCGAUAUGUGAUGACAGAUGGGACAUCAACGACGCCAUGGUCGUUUGCCAUAUGCUCGGAUAUCGAAGUGCCUCCGAAGCCCUCUCUGCCAAUCCUUUUCCUGGACGGGGUGAUGUUCCUACAGGAGGAGUUCUUUUGGAUCAAGUUCAGUGUGGAGGUGAUGAGACGCACAUCGGUCGUUGUCAGCACAGAGGAUUCCGUCAAGUAAGCUGUGAUCACGAAGAAGACGCGGGGGUCGUCUGCGAUGGGAAAAGUGAUUUCAGGGUCCGUUUGGUAGGUGGGCCAGAUGAAGCGCAGGGACGAGUAGAACUCUUCUACUUCGGAGCAUGGGGUACAGCUUGCCAUCUCAACUGGACCUCGGCUGAUUCUAGGGUUGUAUGUAGGAUGCUGGGAUACCCAGAUGUCUUAGACACUGCUUAUCACUCUGCAUACGGUCCAGGAAGCGGCAGUGUUCUCCUCAGACAACCUAGAUGCUCAGGAAAAGAAUCAACCCUUAUGGACUGCCGCCAAGCUUACCCACUGGGCAUCACGGAAUGUGACCACACGAUGGAUAUAGGGGUUACCUGCUUAAGACCGAAUGCUCUCCAGGUUCGUUUGGUUGGAUCGCAAUCUCGUAACGAGGGCCGCGUUGAGGUGAAGUACCAGAGCUCUUGGGGAACGGUAUGCGACGACCACUUCGACCUGAACGAUGCCAACGUUGUCUGCAGAAUGCUAGGCUAUCAGAGGGCAACCAAUGUCUCCUGCUGCGGUGCUUUCGGGCAAGGUUCCGGUGGCAUCGCGUUGGAUGAGGUGGACUGUAAGGGUACAGAAUCCAACCUCGGGGAGUGCAUGAGGAACGUUCUAGGGGUGCAUGACUGCACCCAUUCGGAGGAUGUCGGGGUCACCUGCAUCGGAAGGGAACCGCUGGAAUUAAAGAGUGACACAUCAGAAAUACCCCUCAAAACAACUUUGACAUACGGUAUGCUAGGAGGCCUGAGUAUUCUGUUGGUCAUCUUCCUCCUGGUGUCCACUUUCCUGGUCAAUAAGGUGAAAGUUUACAGGGACAAGUCCUUACGACGCCCUCAACGUUGGCGUCCUGUCCAACCUCGUCCAGCAAGUCAUGUGUUGAAGACCAACCACUACGGGAGCUACGCCCAGCCAGCCAAGACUCCUGCGGGACUGUACCCAAGUCUCUCCAUCAUUAAGGCGUCACCUGGCAAAGGAACUGUGAAGGAAAAUGAGAAAGGAAAGACUGGAAGUAAGGGAAAGGUCAAGCCAAAUGAUGGGAAAGGGUCUAAGGGUUCUGGACCCGAUAAACCAGUUGUAGUAGUAGUUAAUGACUCAAAGAAGGGGAUGCUGACUUCUCUUGUUGACAAGCUUAAGUUAAGUCGCUAGGCUUUUGAAACGAAUGAUAGUUAACCUGUUUCGGUUUGCCAUCAAAUUCGAAUCAUAAUGUACACUUGUAAUGGUCAUAAUGCACUCUAUGAUAUAGAUAAUCAAUUAUUCUUAUUUUAUGGGGGGAGUUGUUGCUGAUGAAUGCACGGCGAAUUGCUAAAAGGGGGGUCAUACAUUGAUUGAAAAAAAAUUAUAUUGCUGAGUCAGGGAGGAAGUUUGCGAUCAUGUGAUCCAAAGAAAGUCGAGAAGGUGGUUACCAUCUAUUACCAACAGGUGACUUCCCUGACGAGAGAGUCUGUCAUCGGGGGUCAUCAGUAGUCAUAUUGCCACUACUCCAUCUGCAUGGGAAAGGGUGGUGCCAAGCGUCAUCGCUGGCUUCUACGAGACAACAUCCAAUGAAAGAAAAGUAUCGUGCGUUCCAGAGUCAAUUCUUCAAGAUGAAUAGGUUUGCAUUAAAGGGAGCCUAUCCAAAAUCUUCCACAUUGAUUUUUUGAUCACUUCGUCGUGACGCAGCAGCAACUACGCCAUCUACGACGAAUCUUGAAGGAAAACAUUGAGAGUCAUU